AUGAUGCAAACUGAGAUGCAGCAAGAGGAGGCGUGUGAAAGCCAACAGUCACUCACACAAUCUGGGCAGAUUUCAGAAAACCUGAGUUUGAGUGGUGCUUUAACAAAAGAAGAUGAGGAAAUGGCAAGAUCUGCUCUGUCAACUUUCAUGGCUAAGGAAGAGGAGAUUCAGAAGAGGAAAACGGAGGUUCAGGAGAGAGUUCUAGCACAGUUGGGUCGUAUUGAACAAGAAAAUAGGCGUUUGGCCACUAUCCGUGAGGAACUAGAGGCUCUAGCUGAUCCAAGGAAGAAGGAAGUUACACUUGUUCAAAAGAAGAUUGAUGCAGUCAACAAGGAUUUAAAAACCCUUGGACAGACCUGCCAGAAGAAGGAGAGAGAGUAUAAAGAAGCUGUUGAGGCUUUCAAUGAAAAGAAAAAGGAAAAAGCAGAGCUGAUUGCAAGAUUAAUGGAGCUUGUUAAUGAAAGCGAGGGAUUGAGGAUGCAGAAGUUGGAGGAGCUGAGCAAGAACUUAGAAACUGUACACCUAGCAUAA